AUGGAUGACCAAGUGAAAGAUGCCUGGUACAAAAAAGCCACACUGUAUGAUUUCACCUAUGUAAAUAAGGAAAUCCACAGCAACAGAACCUACAGCUCUUCUCCCGGGCGAGGCCUGUCACCGACCAGCAGUAGCUCCGCUCAGCCCGGAGCUCUCCUAAUCCCCGAGCUCAAAGCAGGAAUUUACCUGGGCGAAUCGGCGUCUGAAUCCAAGGGGAGGCCGAGGCCGCUGUGGCGAGAGACUAUAAUCCGGGCCGGGAGGGGGGGUGGCUACGGCUCCUCUUCCGUCUCCUCAGUGCGGGGAACAUGUAGAGCCGGGGGGAGACCAGCCGAGAAGACAAAUCGCUGCUUCUUCUUCCUCCUCCUCCUCCUUCUCCCACAUAGAAACACUCACAAACACCCGACCAGGGGCCCGAGCUACCGGGGGGGCAUCGCCGCCGGCCCGGGAACCAAUCCUCCAGUCGGCGGGGGCGUCCCUCCCUGCGGCUUGGUGGUGUCGGAACAAAAUGCCGACCGGAAGUGCAGCUGCAGGAAUGACUCCCUCCGCCGGCGCCAAACACUAACAACCACCCCCUCUUCCCCACUCCACUUCCGCCACCGCCGCGCCGCCGCCGCCACUUGGGCUCUCGUCUUCGGCCGCGCCGCACUGCACGGCCCGCGCCGCUCAGCUCGGAACCGCAGCCCGGGCCCGGAGGCGGCCGGCAGCGAGGCGGCGGGGGCCUCUCCUCCGCGCCCUUCUCGUCAGGGCGGCUGUGGACACUGCCUUUUAGUGUCGAUCCUGCGGAGCGGCAUUUUCGCUGUGGCACGGGUAGACCGAGAGGUCUUUAUUUUCCUGGAGGCCGACCGGAGCGGGGCCCGAGCCUCGGUUGUGGUCGUGUGCGUGGGGGGCUCUCAGGCCCGGACCGGCUCGCAGGCCACGCACGCCGCCCCAGCUGCUCGUCAUUAGCUCUUGGGAGCCGAGCUCGGGGCGGCCACGUAGAGGACGCCCGCGAUCCGACGGCGACCGAGCAUUUUUUAAAUGGUGUCCCUGCAGCCGGGUGGAUGGAUGCAUCGUAUUGUACACUCUGCUCUCUUUUUGAGAGGCCGGACUUUACGCCCGUCUCUUCAUUAUUUCUGCGGAGUAAGGACUCAACCCUUGGAGGAGGCGAAGAUUCUCAGCUGGAUUGAAUUGGAAUCGUGUUUGUAAUGCAUUUAUUUCUGGAAAUAUGUGGUCUUUUCUGGGCUCGCUUUUUGUUGGUGGUGGUUUUGGCUCUUGCCUAGCAGUCGGGAUAAAGGCCUGUAGGCGACGCUGUUCGAGCGAGGAGCCGGCCCGCGGUGGGCCCGGAGCGCGCCCCGUUCUAGGUGUGGGUGGAGCCGAGCGCGCGGGGAGAGCCGGCGGACUGCGGGCCAGCGGCCCGCCGAUUUCAGACAUCGUUUUCCUCUUUACGCUCGAAACAGAGGUCCUGACCAAGGCUGGAGUACAGAUGCGAUUCUGUGUACAGUACCGAACCUUCUGUAGUCUCUUACUGAAACACCUGAAAUAACUCUGUCGUACAGUUCACUAUUAAGUUUACUUCUGUAAAUUUAGAGGGUGCUAUUCUUCAGGUAAAAGUGCCUAGGUAAGCGGAUUUUACUCAAACGGGACGAAAUUUGUGUUAUAUCUUCGUGAGUUUACUUAAGUUGUAUGUAAACUGUAUUUGUCUGUGUACCAGUACGCUGAAAGUUAAACAGGCAAAUUUGCCCGCGGGCCAUUCCUUUUGCCUUGGAGAUCGCUACAAGGACUAAAUCAGAUCUUAACACGUCUCUCGAGCCGGCAUUUGCUUAGCCGGGAGUAAAAGCCGAAGCCUUGACCACGGCCUGAAGGCGGUGCGCGCGGUGGGGCGCGGGGAGCCGCCUCGGCCGCGGAGCCAGCAGGGUGUCUGCUCCGCCUUCUGCCAGGCUCCUUCCCCGAGUGCCACAGAGUUUCUUACUUUCAGGGUUUUGCUUGGCUGCCUCCUCGGGGCUCUGUGGCCUCUCUUUAAACUGGACGUUCCCGAUUCCCUCCUCAUUUUUAUCCUGCAGGCAUUCUACUUAUCAUGCUUGUUUAUCUCAUCUGUUUGUACCGAUAGAAUAAUGUAAGCUCCAGGAGGGCGAGGUCCUCCCCCCUCCCCGCCCCAGACUGGUGUUUUGUGUAGAAAAUAUUGCCUGACAACACAGUAUUUGCUUAAUAGCUGGUUAAUGAAUGAACGACGAUUAUAAGGGCCUUGACCUCACCCCACACAUACACCAGUUUCUGAACUCUGUCCCUUACGUGUAUAUACACUUAUAUGCUACAGAGAACUUUUAUGAAAGGUGUGUGAAAACAAAAGAAAACCUGGGGGAAAAGUGCAAGUUUAUUACAAAGUUCUAGGAAACGGCACUACUUCUAGACAUUGAAAGCCCCCUACAAGCACCAGAAGCCCACAAACUAGUGAUAGUUACAUGUUUUUAGAUAAAUGGGCUUGCUCGAGGACAGUACAUUAUGUGAUCCAUUGGAUUAUGUGAGUAUAUUCAUAUUGCUUUCCUCUCUUCCUGAAUCAAACUGCAUUCUUUAUCCAUUCUGUACUCUUUCUUGAAAAAUCAUGCUAAGUUAAUUCACUAAGUUCAAUUAUGUGAAAAUUUGGUUGGCUUAGUCCAAAACCAGCACUGCUGUAGAAAUUCAUUCAGCAAGUACAUAUUGGGCACAAAAUUAUGCCGCCCGGUACAAUGAUUCAAAAGGUGCUGUGUUUCUUGAUUCUUAAAGGACCACAUAUGGCUACUUCGGUUACUACUCAAUUAUGCUGUCAAGCAAAGCAAACGCUUGUUAGAUUUAUUUUUACGGUUUCAUUUUGAAGAAAAGGUUCAGUGAAAGCUGAGGUCAGGCUUAGUUUGGAUAUUUUAAUUCACCUUUUAGUUUGCUGUUCACUUAUUAUGAUAAGCACCAAGUAUACCAAUAAGUUAACUGGUAAAUUGAUUUUUAAAAACUGAAACAAAUUUAGAAUUUUUACUUACUAGUGGUUGGAUGAACAAGACUUUUAAAUUAAAAUAUAUGCUAUAAGCCUUUGGGAAUCAUUUCAUGUAUGGAAAUUUUGGACAAGAAAAGACAAUCUUGAUAAGUAUUUCAUAACCAUUAAUACAAUUAAUUAAACAUUGUCUAGUAAAUCCAACAGUUUGUUCAUUAUUAAGCACAGCUCUGAGUAAUAUACAGAUGGUUUAGAAUGUGUUUUUCAUUUCUUUUCAGAAUACUAAUAUUUCAGUUUUCUUAGAAAAGAAAAUUAUCUUCUUAUAUACUUCCUUAAAUGUUACUGUUAAGCUGAAAAUUUUGCAUGUUCAGGUAACAAAAGUCUUGGCAUUGUUACAGCAUUUAAUUUAAAAUUUUAGAUAUUUUUAGUUUCUUCCCUCACUACUUAAUAGGAACUUACUAGGUGCUAUAAUUAGCUUUUACAGUAGGCACCUCCUAAACAUGAGUGAAUUAAAAACAGGGUCUCUGCCUUUAAGUGGUUUAACUUGUAAAUAGCUUAUAACAAUUUUUUUUUCCAAAUCUUAGAACUAAUGAAAUUGUUUCAAUGCAUAACAGGAUAUUUCUCCAUUAAAUCAACUCGUGUUUUGUUUUCCUAAAUUUGAGUAUCCAAGUUGAGAUCUUACGUAGACUCUUCUAAUAUAAUCUUAGUAUUUAAAACUUUUAUGUCCAAAAUCAGUUGAUUUAUGGUGGCAUUAUGUUUCACUGCUAGAUCCUUGAUUUAUCAAUUCUUAGUUUAUAGGAUAGCCCAAUAAACCUUUAAUCUGACCUUGUAUUGUCUCCUUUAAGUACUGAGUUGCACUACUCACUUUUUUUGCCAAAGAUAUUCCUGUAUAUUCCUAUAUGUAUUCUUGAUCAAUAAGCUGCAAAAGAUUUAAUAAAAUAUUUUAAAAUGCAUUUUAAGUAUUUUCUAUUGAAUGUCAUUAACAGGAAUUGGUAUAGUUGGCAAAUUAUGAAUUAUUUGAUUGAAAAUAUCUUUUAGAUACAAUUUUCCAUAAAAUGAUAGGAAUAAAAAAUUUUAGAAAGUAAUUUUCUUCUCAUUAUGUCUACCAUUUAUCAGUGAUAAAAUUAACUUACAGAGACAAUUUUUGAAAAAACAGACAUGUAGUGUAUAUAUGUUUUGUAGAUUAUUUCAGACUACCAAAAUUAUUUCAUAUAUAGGAUAAUUAAAGUUACUUUAGGAUGAUUUUUAUCUUAAAUUUUGAUAAAGAGUUAGUUGUAGAUGUUGAUUUGAGUGUGAGCUACAAAAUUAUCAGUCUGUAAAUGUUUCUGUUUCAAGUUUUCAAAGUAAAUACCUUAAUCAAAUCUGUGAUAGUGUUUAUGACAAUUAUUCAGCAUAUCUUACCCAUUUUUGUUAAGAUGGUAGAAAUGAAUGGUUAUUCACUUGAAUGACUUUAUUCAUGGUAGCCUUUUAAGAGAACAGGCUUUAUCUUUUCAUUAAUCCUUCUCACCUCUAAUUAAGGAUUUUCUCUAAAUUCAUAGAUUUUAUUAUUCAUUGUUCAGUCGCUGAGUCGUGUCCAACUUACUAUUCACACCAUCCAUUUAUAAUUCUGUGACCUUCCUAUAUUGUUCUUUAUAUUUUUGUGUAGCUAUGCCUUGUGUUCCUGGAUCAAUGUGACUGGUUAUGUGGUAAACUACAUUGUAAGUUUCACUGUGCAUUACAUACUAUGGGGCCCUCAAAAAUUGUACUUCUGAAAUACAAAUUCAAUAUAAAAUUAUUUAGAGUCAUUAAAUCUUCAUGAAAGCCUAACCUUCCGGAACCUACACAUGUGCUGAAUGUGAACCAGAGAAUUAAACUCUACAUGCAUUUUAAUACUAAUGUGGAACAACUGUUUAAAAUUGAUUUUAUCAAUGAAGGAAAAAAUACAAACUCCAAAAUAGGUAUAAAGGGAGUGCUUAUGAUACACAUUUCAAAGCAUCCCCUAUAGACCAGUAUUUUAAAACUGGGUCAUGUACCAUUAUGCGUCAUGAAAUAAACUCAAUGGGUUAAGAAUAGCGUUUUUUAUUUGAAAUAGAUGAAGCAAUCAAAAAUCUAAGAGUACAUCACACAUAGUAAAGUCUGUAUUUAUAAACAUUCAUUUUGUUUGUGUGUGUGCAUGUGCUGGAUUACUUUUUUUUAUUAGGGAUAUUGGCCAGAAAAAGUAGUGUUUUUUAUCUACAGUUCAGAUUUUCCUUUACUUCCUUAGAAAAUGAAAAAAAUGCUAGAAAUUUAUGACUGCCUGUGAAAUAGUGAGGAAUUUUAGAGGAGGCACUAGGAUAUUUCAGAGAAGAUUUUAUAUUACCUAGUCAUAGAAGUUCAAAGCAAACUGCUACCUUCACAAAGUAAUUAUCAUAUGAACAAGUUAUUCCCUGAAGAUAAUAGAUACUCCUCUGAAAGAUAACAAACUUUCAAUAAGGGUUUUCUCUCUAGCCAAAGUAAGGAAUAAUUUCUUAACUUUAUGUAAAUAGUUAACUUUCACUUGCCAUCUAACUCAUCUAUAUAUUUAAGUAAGUGUACUUAAAAUUGUGUACAGAAUUUAAAAGGAGAGAAUUGUGUAAAGAAUUGCAAGGGAGGCAGUAUGCUGUGAUCAGUGGGAUGAAAACUACCUACCAAACAUCAGAAUUAAAAUUUAGACACUUCAAAAAUUUAAGCAUUUCAUUACUUAACCGUUUCACCUUAUUUCAGUCUAGAUUUCAGUAUUGCGAUGUUGGUGAGUGUUAAUAAAAGGGUUUUUUUCAUACAUAUGAUACCAGUACCCUUUCAGUUAGUUAUUUAAGACCUAGUUUUAUUAAAAUCUUAGCUAAACACAAAAUUCUAGAGAACUGACAUGAGAACCUCUAAUUCAAUUACUCAACCAAAGUUAUUCACCCCAAGUAUUACAUUUCACCAAUACCCUAUUGAACUAAGAAAGGAAUUAUAUUACUAACCAGCAGAGGGAGCCAAGUCAGUCCUGAAAGAUAGGAGUACAAAGAAAGACCACAUGACUUCCUGUUUUGAGUUUGUUGUGGCAGCUGUUCAGUUUAGCCUACCAAAAAGCCAAGUAAAAGGAUAGGAAGGUUACCAAUGUAUCAGAUGUGGAUAGGGUAACAAUUGUAACUGUCAAAUUACCUUGCAGGAAGCAAAUUGAAAGAAAACAUUUAUGCUUAAGUUGAGGGCAGCUCUGCAAAGAAUGUACAGCAUAAAAGAGGAUUCUUUAAAAAAAAAAAAGACAUUAAAAAUUAAAUGAGUAAAAUAUGCAAACUAACAUUGGCUUUCUACUAUAGGUGGUGAAACUCAGAUGGCUCAAAAUGAAGUAAUGAUAAGCUUAUUAGCCAUUAAGCAGAAGCAAUUCAAGUAGAAAUAUUAAUAUAAAAGUGGAAAAUGUCUCAGUAGUAUAACCUAAAAAAAUAGUACCUUAGGACAUGAUGAAUUACUAGAUGUAACAGUAAACCAUUCCUUAAUCCAUUUUUAUUGAAAGCUGAAAAUAGUCUCUAAUAGGCACAUUUUAAAUAAAGUUGGUACAUAGAUUGAUCUUACAUUAAAGUUAUAUGUAAUUGUUCCCAUUACCCUCUAUAAACAAAGCAAAAAGUAAUGCCUUCUUGGGUUUCCCUGGUGGCUCAGUGGUAAAGAAUCUGCCUGCCAAUGCAGGAGACAGGUUCAAUCCCUGAGCCGGAAAGAUCCCACAUACCUCAGAGCAACUAAGCCUGUGUGCGACAACUAUUGAGCCUGUGCCCUAGAACUGAGGAGCCUCAACGACAAGUCUGGGUGCCCUAGAGCCCUGGCUCCACAGUAAGAGAAGCUACUGCAAUGAGAAUCCCACACACCGCAACCAGAGAGUAGCCCCUGCUUGCUACAAUUGGAGAAAGCCCAUGCUGCAACAAAGACCCAUCACAGCCAAAAAUAAUUAACUUAAAAAGUUUUUUUUUUUAAAUUUAAAGUUAUACCUUGUUUCAUUUCAGAUGUUUGGGGGAAUAUAGCAGCUAAAGGACAGUUGUACUGUCAGGUUAUUUAAUAUCUUCUAAGAACCUCAAAAUCCUUGAUAGAAUGAUUUUUGGAAGCAAAUAGUAAGAGCUGGGUGUUAGCUAACUAUCAAAAUUUAAAGGCCCAAACUAGUUUAAUAAACUAAAAUAAUGGUAGUCUAGCCACUUACUCAUUGAAAGGUGUGUGGAAACAUUGUCCAAAGCACAGACAAUAGAUUCAGGCAAAUUUUAGCUAUAGGUAUAUUUACUUAGGAGCUUCCCUAGUGCCUCAGUGGUGGUGAAUCCUCCUGCAAUGCAGGAGAUGUGGGUUUCAUCCCCUAGUCGGGAAGAUCCUCUGGAGAAGGAAAUAGCAACACCCUCCAGUAUUCUUGCCUGGGAAAUCCUAUGGACAUAGGAACCCGGCAGGCUACAGUCCAUGGGGUUGUAAAAGAACUAGACAUGACUUAGUGACUAAACAACAAUAUUUACUUAAGUGUUCAUUAUAAAUACAUACUCCUUGAACAUGUUCUGUCUCCACAGGACAUAGAGCAUGUCUUCAUUAUAAACUCGACAAAAUUCUUAACGUCUUGUUGAAAGAUUUAACUUCAUUGUAUGAAGAGUCAUAGAAAUUCAGUAUGCAAUCCAUUAAAUCCAAGGAGAUGGCACUUGGAAGCAAAUCAUUUAGUACUGAGUUCUAGAAGGUAGACUGUCAACCUCUAAGUCAGUUCUUUUAUAAUACUGCAUUAUACUGACAUUCUAUAUAUUGUCACCUGGUGUCAAAUCAGUUAAUCACAGCAAUGAUACGUAGUAAGUAAAAUUCAUCUAAUACCAGUCCUAGAGACAUUUUAGUGCCAAAAAAGAAUUUAAUCAGUAUUACUACUAAUUAUGUACUUUCUUUACAUGUAAGUUGCUAUGAAUAUGGGCUGUUAGAAUUGCAUAAACAGCCUGACCUUUUAAUUAUACUUUUUAUUGUGUUUUCAUCCAUGGGAAAUGCUAUAAUGAUCUUUUAAAAUUUUUAUUAAUAAAGUGGCAAUAGUUGGCCAUGAAACGUUUCUUUAUUGAUAAGCAUAUUAGUAGGUUAACUCAUCAAAAUUCAGUAAAAACUAUUAACUCUGUCACAAAAGUCAACAUUUCACAGUCUAAAAUAUGGAGUAUGUUUUUCUGCUUUAUCUAGAUUUAACAAUCUACAACUCUGUGAAAAUAAACUCAAAACCAAAGGAAAGAAAGAAAAUAGCUCAUACCUUGUUUUAUUCCAGAGUAGAGGAUGGUGACAGAUUAAGAAAAGCACCAAAAAAGUGACUUCUAGUGAACAAAAUUAGAUUUGAGUAAAGAAUUUUUAUUUCCCUAAAAAAAAUUAAAUACAACAUUUUAGUCAGGAAUUUAUACCCAAACAUGGAUGCUGUUUUUAACACUGCUUUUGAGAUACUUAAAAUACUUUUUUAUUUGAAAAACAGCACCAAAAUCCAUAUUGCUUUAGAAAUCAUCUAGUUUAUCAUCUCGGCCUUACCCUGUUGAAUUCUGCAUGUCUUCUAAAGCAUCUCUCUAGCCUUCUCACUACUGCCUUCUUCCUAAUUCUACCAUCAACAUUCAUUAGCUUUCUGCAAUAUAUUCAGCUGAUUUCUCAUGAUCUUACCCAAACAAACUUUGUAACAUUUGCUUUAUGUAAGGAGAAUAGCUUAUUAUUAACUUAGAAGAGCUAUAGUAGUACUUGACAAUAUAUAUGCAAAAGUAUUUUUAAUUUGAAGAACUUACUGUGCAUCUCACAGGCUUUGUGUUAAAAAAUUUUAAUGUCUAUUUUGUGCUAGAAGCUUAGAAUUGAUAAUGAUUUAAUGUUUAAUCCUGUGCUUACAUUAAAUUCUUUGGGAAGUGCUCACCAGAAAACUGGCUUGAAAUUAUCCUGACUACAAUGUAACUGUUAUAUUCAGUAUGGUAAGAGUUAAGUGUGACUUCUGAAUAAACAUGUCUAUAAUUCUUAGU